AUGAAGACCCAAAUCCUCCUCGCCAUCGCCGCCGCCAUGCCCUCUGUCAUGGCAGACUGGCCCAAGUUGAACCAGUACAAGACUUUGGAUGAUUGCCAAAAUGACAAGGACAUCCUCUACCACGCCGCUCCCGUCUCGGGCAGGUGCUACAACCUCGAUGACGCAACCGGUGCCUUCUUCUGGAACCCGGGCACGCUGUCGGAGCCAAGGGUGUACACCGGCAAGGACUGCAACGGCAUUGAGUGGCCCCUUCCUAGCGAGGGAUCGUGCAUUGAUAAGGGCAAGUACAACUCCUACAGGUGCACUUAG